CGGUGUUUUCUCGACCACUGGAGAUUAGAUCGCCGAGAGAAGUCUGGUUAGGAGUUGUAUACAGUUCUUCAUUCCAUUGAAAGACGCCUCUUACGAAGCCAGUGUAGUUCGUGUCUUUCUUAUUACAAAAUUCUAUUGGCUUUGUUGCUGAUACAUCUAACGACGAGGGUUUCAAUAUUCCUAUAUUGCCUGGCUAACUGUGCAAUACAAAACGCCGACCAUCUUAGGACUUAUAAAAUGGUGCCGAAGAGAUGGAGUUACUGACCUAAUUAUUAACUACCAACAAUUCUAUUUGCAACCUGAUGUACGUGUUUUUUUAGUCUGCAACACUGUUAGAAGAUGAGCCCAUGUCGAUUUCUCCGCCCUGCAGGUCGAAUUGUCCGAGUUACCCGUGGCCUGUUAAUACUUCUGUCAGCCGUAGCAAUCUUCGGUACCAUCGCUUUCAUCCAUCGUAUGGAAACAACUUCAAAAUUUAAUAGUGACGGACAUUCAGUGGCGCAACACCUUGAUAGUCCUGUUUGCCAAAAUUGCAGCCAGCAUGGUACCACGUCAACUCAAAGUACCAUCGAGACUACUAACAAAAAGAUUACAGCGGCUGAAAACAAAAAACCCUUAACAAAAACUGAAAAAUUAGAAACAGCAAUCCCUGUGAAUGAAGAAUCUGCAGCGGCUGCUGCCGCUGAAAUCGUUUCUCCUGAUGAAGCGUUACCGGAAGAGAUGAUACCUGAUCAGGAAUCUCCUGCCUUUCAACCGCCUGUGAUCAAAACUGAACCUCAACAGCAGCCCUCACCUAUCCCUGAAAGUUUUCCUCAACAGCAAGAACAUGCCCAACAGCAAGAAUCUCUCAAAAUUGACGAACAAAACCUACAACUAAAAUCGUCCGUUUUGGUACAUCCGCCGUCCAUAGCAGGCGACAACAACUCUGUGCGCCAGUCUGCUUCUACCAACAUUCAUUCUGAUAACAUGUCUCGUACCCUUCUUCAUCUGGAGAGCAACAAGGUGGCUGAACCGAGUCUCCCAGUUCAUUCCAAUUUGCAUACCGCCAAGAUUCAAAACGCUCAAAUCGAAUCACUAAGAGGAGCAGCGCGAAUGAACUCGGUGUCACAAGAGCAACCGCAGACACAGCUCAAGGUCGGCAGCGAAGAGGAAAACCUUCCUGUGCUGACUCGUAGUUUAUAUCAAGCAGGUCAUUAUCUGCCGCCCAAGGACGUAUGCCCAGAGCAGGGCGAAGGCAUGAAGCUGAUGAUCCUCGUCACGACGGCUCCCGGCCAUGCCGCUCAGCGUGAUGCCGUCCGAUCGACCUGGGGACAUGUCGCCUUUCGUCGCGAUGUUGGAAUGGCUUUCAUGGUUGGCACGUCUAAGAAUCAGUCGGAGAAUUUGUUGAUUGAGAAAGAGAAUUUCAUCUAUGGUGACAUCAUACAGGGUCAUUUCAUCGAUACGUACAACAAUUUGACGCUAAAGACGAUUUCCAUGCUGGAAUGGAGUUGGGAGCAUUGUAGUCGGGCCCGCUUUUUGCUCAAAACGGACGAUGAUAUGUACAUCCAUAUGCCUGUCCUGCUGUCUAUCCUCGAAGGAGCUGCUAACCGACGCCGCACCAUCAUUGGUAAGGUGGCGAAGAAAUGGAAACCGAUCCGCAACGUCACCUCCAAGUAUUACAUUUCACCGACUCAGUUCAAGCCGGCUAUGUAUCCCGACUUCAACACAGGCCCUGCUUAUAUUUUGACAAACGAUAUCAUCGAACCGCUGUACCAAGCAUCGUUGAACGAAUCCUUCUUCAAACUGGAGGACGUUUACGUUACGGGCAUGGUAGCCAGUCCACUGAAGAUACAGCACAUUAACUACCCCCAGUUUUUCAACCGCCGACUCAAGCUGGAUACUUGUGCCGUCGCUAAAUUAGCAAGUGUUCAUAUGGUCAAAACACAUGAAAUGUUCGAUCUUUGGAAAAGGUUGUCCGAUGGACUUACCCGGUGCUCUCCCAAAUAAGCAGCUUUUCUUCCUUUAGAACUUAAUGCAAUUCUUUUUUCUCCAAAUAAAGGCUUGGAGGCUACUUUUACUACAAUGAAAUGUUUGAUUUUUCAUCGUUUUGCAUGACAGUAUUUCUAUAAUCCUUUGAUUGCCACACAAAUCAACGCUCAAUGAUGGUCGAGUUUGCUGCAUUUCUGCAUAUGUCACCUGCAUCUGAAACAUUUUGGUGCUAAUUGCUAUAGUUGCAUUUUGCCAGCCCCUACUACCUAAAAGUUGGCCCAAUCAGCGUCAUGAUAGCACGAAAUCCUGGUAUGUUUAGCCAAAGUGUAUUUAAUUGUAGGACAGCCCUUGUAUGCAAUGUGGUUCUCAUAACCCCCACAUGCCACAUGAACAAUUUGCUGGUGAAGAUUCAUAAAUCUAGCGUUUAAGAUUGAACUUGCUCGAAUGUUGUAUUUUCCCUGGAAAUCUCGUGUAUUUUACAAUUGUCUUGCCUUUUUAAAAAAUAAAAACUAUGUUCAGUGGG